AUGGAGAACAGAGAGAUGUCGACCAAAACAGAAAGCACAUCGUCCAGGCCGCCGGAAAUACCAGAAAAUGACUGGAAAAUCAGUCUCUACGACCCCGGCGACAACGAUGACUGUCCCCGAGCUUGUUUCCUCCCCUGUGACAUGUUCGCCCAUACACGUUAUCGAUUGGACUUGAUCAAACAGGGUCGAGAUCCUCUCGAUCUCACCGAUUACAAAGACUUCAACCCCACUUGUUGGAAGUUCUUCGGGUUGUGCACUGGGGGUUUCUGUAUCGGCAGCGGCAUCUACACCGGUAGAGAGACGACCAGGAUCCGUCAAAAGUACGGCAUUAAGGGCACAGCAGGAGACGACAUGACCAGAGGCAUUUUCUGCCAGCCAUGUUCCCUAAUUCGUAAUGACCUCGAGAUCCGCCAGCGUGAGGGUAUGAAACAAGAGGCCGACCUUCCUCCCCCGAGACCCCUUGGCGAGGACUACCAGCCCAUCUUUGCUAUCAAACCCGAUGGCUACAAGUCGGAGCCGCGGAUGACUACCCCCAGAGGCAUUUUGAAGCCAAUCACGUCUCCGGAAAGCUCAUCGCCGCCUGACGGACAACCCGCUCUGCGAGAAGUACACUUCCACGAACCGGGGCAGGGAAAUGCACCCAAUGUGGCUGCGUCGUACCCUGCUGAAGUCGGUCAUGUCUCUCAAUCUUCUUUUAGCCCUAGGACCGAGGGUGGCCCUUCGAUUGUCAACCAACGACGCAGCAGAGAAGGGACGCUCACUCCGAUCGAAGAAGCAGACCACCAAGCUGGUGAAGAAAGGAAGAAGAGCACCAUCUUGGGCCCAGCAAUGAACACCUUCCAGAGGACGACAAGCCCACCCGUAAUGCAUGUCACCACCAGCGAUGCCCCCAUCCAGGCGCCAACCCCAACUCGUGACCACGACAGAUACGGCAACGGCCGAGGCCCGGACACUGAUCGGUUGGAAGCACCAGUCCGAUCCCGGGAAUCGCCUUCUAAGACACCUACUGGAUCUACCAAUGCCCGAAGUUCCGAGGACCAGCCUGAUCGCCUUGAAGCUCCGAACCGGCCUUUGGACUCAACCCCAAUCCCACAGAGAUCUCGAGAUAUUCGACUGUCCGAGGACGGAUCCGACGAAGCACCUGCACACUUCCCAGUCAUAGAAGCGCGCGUUCCGUCACCCGAGCUCUCUCGAAAAGCACCCAAGAUCGGAAAGUCAAAUACCCCAGUCCGCAAGUCGCGCUUCUCCGAGGAGUUUGAUGCACCAUCCGCCGACGAGAUCUUUUCCAACAUCCCAGACGUGGCCCCAAGUAGCUCGCUCGAUGCGCCUCCCCGGCUUCCGCACUUGCCUGGUGCAUUUGACACCCCAGCUAUGCCACCCGCAACCGUACCUGCAGGCUCCUCUAACGUUCCUUCCCAAUUGCCCCAACUCCCUGGUGCAUUCCCUUCCUCUUCACACUCCGAGACACCGAAUAUGAAGCCAUCCGCUCUCGAGCAGCUUACCGCCCUUGGUGACGUGGCGAACCAAUCUCCCAAGGUGGUCACCGUCGAGGAGGCGGAGACUUCAAUUGCAGAAACGAUCGAGGACGAAGUAGACGAAGCGCAGGACGAAGCUCGUUCACAACCUUAUGAUGUGGGCAACAAUUUCCUCCCUCCGCAAGCUGAAGCUCACGAGCUCAGCACCGAUACGGUUGUUCCCUUGCUGGAUCAACCAAAAGCACAUGGUCCGCACAUGGAUGCCAAGGUUGCUCUGGCCGCCGCCAGGAUCAAAGAUCACCCCAUCGAAUCGGAUCCUCGCAUCAACUCGCCCAAACCGAUCUCCAUCCGCAACCACCAAUUCACCGAGGACAAGCGACUUGCGGUGCCGAGAAGCGACAGCCCUUUUAAACCCGGCAUCCACUUGGACCAGCGUGUCCCGACUCCUCCAGCCUUGGUGCGACCGCAUAAUCGCCUUGAAGACCGGCAAAUCGCUACGCCCAGUCCCAGUGCUGAUCGCGAAAAUCGCAACCUAGGCGCAGACGUCAGGACCGCGAGUCCAGGUCUAGGAUCGAGGCGUGGAGGCCUGACGGGUGGAAGACCUCAUUCACUUCGCCACGAUAGUCGUGUUGGUACGCCGAAGCAUUUAGAAAAUGUCCAUGAUUUGGCGGCGGAUGUGAGAGCGCCAACAGGAUCGGUGAGUCCGUUGGCGAAGAGCCCGGAACCGAGGAGUCCUCCGCCCAAGAGACCGGCGGCGGCUAGUCCAGCUUUGAGCGCGUCCAGUAUCAGCAUUGGGACGAGGGCGCAUCAAUUGCUAGAGCACUUUUUGGAGGGUAAUAGGAAGGGGGCGGAGCGCGAAAGUGGGAAUAAGUCUACUCCUACCCUCUCGACCUUACCUUGCUGGGGUGUGGCCGCCCGUGCCGACCGAUGCUGUCCGGCAGUGAGGGCGGAGAAGCCUUCUGUCCCGGUGCCGGGGGCAGCGGACUUGACUCCACCGACCCCGUCUCACAAAGUGGACAACAACAACAACACCACAACCAUGUCCGAACAAAAACAAACAGUCCACAUCGGCACCCGCCGCUCCGCCCUCGCCCUCCGACAAGUCGACCUCGUCAUUGCCGCCCUCCAGCCUCACCAUCCCAACGUCCACUUCCAAGUGCACGCCCUCGCCACCCUCGGCGACAAGAACCAAACGGCCUCUCUGCCCUCCCUCGGCAAGGGUCUCUGGACCAACGAGCUCGAAGCCAAGCUGUUCAACAAGGAAGUCGACUUUAUCGUGCACUGCCUCAAGGACAUGCCCACCACCUUGCCCGAGGGCGGUAAGAUUGGUGUUGUGACGGAGCGCGAGGAUCCGCGGGAUGUGGUGGUCAUGAAAAAGAAGUGGGCCGAGCAAGGGAAGUACAAGUCUCUGGCUGACCUGCCCGAGGGCGCCAUCGUGGGCACUUCGUCGGUGCGCCGCGCGGCCCAGCUGCGCAGGCGGUACCCCGGCUUGGUGUUCAAGGACGUACGAGGCAACAUCGAGACGAGAAUGAGAAAGUGCGACGAGGAGGAUUACGACUGCAUCAUCCUGGCCGCGGCGGGGUUGUUGAGAAUGGGGUACGACGAGCGGAUUGCGCAGUGGUUGGAUUCGACGACGGAAGGGGGAGGUAUGUUGCAUGCGGUUGGACAGGGCGCGCUGGCCAUGGAGAUCAGGGAGGGCGAUGACAAGACGCUGGAGAUCAUCAAGCCGUUGUGUCAUGAGAAGACCAUGGUGGCGACAUUUGCGGAGCGCGCCGUCAUGAGGAGCUUGGAGGGCGGGUGCAGUGUGCCGAUUGGUGUCGAGACCAAGUGGGUGGGCGAGGAUCAGUUGCAGUUGAAGGUGACGGUGGUCAGCUUGGAUGGAAAGGAGAGUGUGGAUGGGCAGAGCGUCGAGGUAAUCACGACAAUUGAGGAAGCCGAGGCGAUGGGUCAGAAGCUGGCAGAGGAUCUGGCUAAGAGGGGCGCGCAGAAGAUUCUGGACUUUGUCAACCAGGGUCGUGCCUCGGGGGGUGCGCUCAAGAUUGGUGAUCUCUGA